AUGGCACACAAAGAUUCAAGGAAAAAGUGGUGCUCCCGUAUAUAUACCUCGGAACAACUCUACGCCAUUGUUGCCGACGUCGAUUCCUACAAGGAAUUCUUGCCUUACUGCCUAGACUCGCGCGUAUUAGGCCCCUCUAGCCCCCGCGCCAAGCAGAAUGACCCUGAAGCCACUCAUUUCGUCGAUGCAGAGCUCGUAAUUGGGUUUUCAGCGCUUCGCGAAAGCUACGUGAGCGAAGUGUCUAUGCGACCGCAUGAAUGGGUGAAGGCGAAAGCCAAGCCAUCGCCUCUCUUUAAGGGCUUGGAAACAGCGUGGCAUUUCCGGUCCUUGCCAAAGGCUUCUCAUAUACGCACGCCCCAAACAGAGGUCACCUUUACGCUUGCCUUUGCAUUUUCGAGCCCUAUGUACGCGGCAAUUGCGGGGCAGGUGUUCCAAAAGCUGUCGUCAAGAAUGAUCGACGCGUUCGAGACGCGUUCGCAGGCCGUGUACGGAUGGCGUGCUCCAUAG